AUGAAGUGGAAACAUACUCGAGCCCGCUUAGCUAGUAAUAUAUUUUGUGGGGCUAUAAUUGAUGAACACACAGUAUUUUGUGUGUGUGGACAAAAAAUUGUCCUAGACAAUGAUUAUGAUGAGUCAAGGCUUAUCGAAUAUUCUAAAAAUUCAAGAUGUAAAUUGAAUAAUAAAAAAAAGCAGCUCGGCUUACCUACUGUUACUCCUGACCCAAAAAAUAUUAAAUAUACACCCAAAUUUUAUUAUAAUAAUGAUCCAUUAUUAUCUUACCUGAAAAAUAAUCACAUUAAACAAUUGCAUAACAUUCUUUUUGAUGGGAAUUCAUCAUCAAAAGAAUUUUGGACAGAAUUUUCAGAGAAAGCUAAUGAAGGCGUAUUUGAGCAAAAGCUGGUUUUUAAAGGACUUUGCUAUAUUAUGUUACAAGCUACAGAACGUGAAAAACAAGAUAAAGAAUUUGGCAGGCAUUAUAGAAGAAUUUCAGAUAAUGUUAUCAAUAAUCCUGAUCUUUGCUAUGAAAAUGUUGCUCAUUUUAAGAGACUUUUAGAUACAUUGCAUUAUCAGGGUCCUGUUGUGGCUAUGACUGAUUGUACAAAAAUAAAAGUCGGGUUACAGUAUUCUUCAAGUUUAGGUUGCAUUGUUGGAUCGACCUUAAACCAAAAAGAUUGUAAGAUUGAAACUUACGAUAAUAUAUAUAAUAAGGUUUCUGAUAUAAAGCAAGAAAACGCAGUUGCAAAAUAUGUUAGAGCUUAUGUUCUUCAGGUGCCUCUUUCAAAAUUUCUACCAAUAAUUGUAGCAUUAAUUCUAACUAGAAGUGAUAAUAGUGAAAAAAUUUUUGUACUUCAUAAAAAGUUUAUAGACAUUGCAGCAGAUCUGGAAAUACACAUAAUAUCUAUUGGAUCAGAUGGCGCUGCUGCUGAAUUUCAGGCACAGAAUCUUUUACAAGCAACUGAGACAAAAUAUCGGCUUCGAUUUAUUUUAGGUGAACUUAUUGAUGGUUAUCUUAAUCGCAAUAUUACUCAUCAUGAAAGAAUUGAAAUGGCUAUGACAGCAUAUUUUUUUCUACACCUAUGGAAAUAUCAUAUUGAAACCCUUAGUUACAACUUUAAUGAAUAUGAAGAAUUUAACCUUUUGGACAAUGAUCUUGAAUGUUUGCACUAUUGGCCAUCUGAUAUUGAGAUUGAUGACACUAUUAAUAUUGGUUAUAAAAGGGCCAUCCACUUAGUGAGACAUUUAGAAAUAAACUCUAUACUCAAUGAUGCCUAUUAUUUUAAUAUCCACAAGAAAUUUCCUAAUUCACAACUUGAAGAUUUUUGGAAUAAAGAUUUAAGUCUUGAAACUGUUAAUAAUGAUGAAUAUAACAUGGACUGUAGUUUACCUAUUUCUCAUUGCAUAAGCAAUGCGAUAUCUGAGAUGAAUAGGAACCAAGAAUUUAAUUCAAGUUCAAGGCUUGAACUUCCUUUAGAAAAAAUUUAUGAGACAUGUCAAAUAAUUAUUGAACGGAUUCAAAAGUUACCUGAAAUUCCAUGGUUUCCAAAUGAUUCUAGAUCUGAGAUUAUUUUGGAUAAUGAUUUGUUGAAUAUCGAAUUUUUAUUGGAGUUACAUCGACAUCAUGAUGCACACUCAGAAAAAAACCUUGUACGAAUUAAAUUUUCUUCUAAAGAUGAUAAUGAAAGGAAUGUUUUAAGUAGGCUUAAUAUUAAUAAGGUGAGCAGUUUAGUGUCAUAUCUGACAAAAAAUAAUUUUAUCUUAACUAAAUCACGAGAAAAUAGAUGGAAAUCUGGUGAAAAAACUAGCAAUAAUCUAAUUGAGAAAAAUCAGUGCUAUUUAUGCAAUAACAUAGCUCUUUUUCCAUUGCGAAUUGGAUCUUUUGUAAUAGCUAAAUUUGAUAACACGCCUUGUGUUGCUCAAAUUAUUGCUAUGUAUGAACGAAAUAAUUUAUUUCAUUCAUAUAUUGAUACUCCUGUUUCAGAUUUUGAAUCUCUUUCUUAUGUAUCUUUGAAAAUUUUCUUUCACAUUAAUGGUGCAAUUUUUUCAACAAUCUGUGAUCAUCAAUUUUAUAUUUUUUCUCAUGUUGAACCUUCGCAUAUUGUUUAUUAUUUGGCUUCAAGUGAUAUUAGUAUUAAUGAGGAGGAAACUAAGUUCUCUGAUACAGUCCUCUUAACAGAUUCAACCGCUAAAACAAAGGCAGCUACCGCAAGUUCUAAUAGCGUUCAUGAUUCUACAGCAACAGAGAUCUUGCCGGUCAAAGUUAGGUCUAAACAAUGGGAAGAAAUGUUGAACCUUACAAUGCAAGGGAAACUCUUUGGUAUUCAUGUUCCGCUAAGACAUAUCAUGGAACGAAGAAUUGUAUCCAAGGCGCAACGUUUACCAGCUCAUUUUUCGGUUUUACCAUCAUCUAACUUUGGGUUAGAAAUCUUGAUGG